AUGGGUCGUGUAAGGCGAGACAGUCUAGCAACAGCAGAAGAAACAAUUGACGGCAAAGCAGUGUCUAUUGACUCUAAGGAUUCCUUGUCAAAAUUUAAAGACUCGACGUUCGUGAACAGUAGUUUUUGUACUAAAUGCAAAAAAGAAGAGAGUGAGUAUUGGUUUUCUAAGUUUUUUCUUCUAUCAAGUCUUCCUGCUCGUUCUAAAGUUGUUUUUCUCCAGCGUAUUGACGGUCGUUGGAUACAGUGCGAUAAAUGUUUGAAAUGGUAUCAUACCGCAUGUGUGAGGAUUCAAUUAGACAACAACGGUAAAUUCUCGGGCGACUACUAUUGUAGGGAGUGUAGACGUUUAGCAAAACAAGCAAAACGGGAGACUUCUCCGAAUGAAAGAGAUUGCAAAACGAGUAGAAGGCUUUCAGUCUCUUCAGCAGGCUCGUCACGUAGUAGCGAAGGCAGUCACAAAAAAUUGAAAACCUCGAAUGGUUCGGCGUCACGUAUGACACCACCACUCUCCGAAUCUUCUACUUCUUCAGGGGACCAUAAUGGUGUAGGGGCCAUGGAAAUUGAGGUGGACCAAGCAGCUCCCAACCGACAUGACAACUUUGACAAUUCUAAUGUUAAUGAAUCGCAGAAAAAGCAAACGUGCAAGCUGCAAAAAAAUGGCCCACCUCAAAAACCUAACAAUAUUCAUUAUAUCAACGAUCAUCCCGCUACCAUUCCCAAUGGUCACGGUCUUGGCCAUGGUGGUCGCAAAGAGAAAAAACCUUCAUUUUCUACCACCACCAAUGAUGCCGCAGAAUCACCAAUAUUAUUUCAUCCUUAUAACUGGCCCCAUCCAGUAUCAUAUAAUCGCGCGCUUCAUCGUGUAGCUCAGAUUCGGGAGUUCAUCUUGACUCAUUGUCCAGCCGCUGCUUCUUCACUGCCGUUAUCAUCAUCAGUUGGUGAUAUAGGUGUUAACGGCAUUGGAAUAAACAUGAUGGAUGGUAUCGUCGAUAAAACAACUCUCCCCGAUUCGUCAAUAAAGAUUGCGAUCGGUUUAUGGUAUAAACUGGAAAGGUUGGAGAAAUCGCAUAACAAAAAACAUCUUUCAUUAUCAAAUCAUAAUAUUAAUUCACAGUGA